CGCAAUACGUAGAUGACUCAUGAAACGCAAUUCCUCUGCAUUCUUUGUCUUCUUCUUUCUCUCAAUCUCCUUCAUAAUCAUCCAUCAAUUCUUUCUUUUCUUCUAGAUUUUACUCUCUCUCUCUCUCUGUAUUUCUUCCUCUCCUUUCUCUUUUGCCCCUCCGGCAAACACAAUUCUCAACUGAGUAUUCACAAUGGGGAGGAAGAACAGGGGACUAGCCAAAGGGAGGGCUUCCAGAAUCGGGAGCUAUUCAAUUGCCUCUUCAAUCUCCGAUCCCAGUUCCGUUUCUUGCACAACUUUCAAUAUCCUUGCUCCCAUUUACAAACGGCUCUGUAGCGAGGACCCCAGUGUUAGAGAAAGCCAUUUCAGGGGAUUUUGGUUGGACAGGAAUGAAAGAAUCUUGGAAUGGUUAUUGUAUGAAAGAUCUUCCAUCAUUUGUCUUCAGGAAUUUUGGGUUGGGAAUGAAGAGCUUGUUGAUCUCUAUGACAAGAAACUAGGAGAUGCUGGAUAUGUUACUUUUAAGCUUGCCAGAACUAACAACCGGGGUGAUGGUCUGCUGACUGCUGUACAUAAGGAUUACUUCAGGGUUAUAAGCCACCAAGAGUUGCUUUUCAAUGAUUUUGGAGACCGUGUUGCACAGUUAUUACAUGUUGAGCUCGUAUUACCCUGCUCACCGUGUCGAAAUGGUAAUGUUAGAAAAGAAAUUCUUAUAGUCAACACACACUUGCUGUUCCCGCACGAUUCGAGUAUUUGCUUGGAACGUCUGCGCCAGGUCUACAAAAUAUUGCAAUAUGUGGAAUCAUACCAAAAGGAAAAUAAGCUUAAUCCUUUGCCAAUUAUACUUUGCGGGGAUUGGAAUGGAAGCAAACGGGGUCAUGUUUACAAGUUCCUCAGAUCUCAGGGAUUUAUAUCAUCAUAUGAUACUGCACACCAGUAUGCUGAUGCAGAUGCACAGAAGUGGGUGAGCCACAGAAAUCAUCGAGGGAACAUCUGUGGUGUGGAUUUUAUAUGGCUUCUUAAUCCUAACAAGUACAGGAAGUUGCUGAAAACAAGUUGGAGUCAGGCAGUCUUUGGAAUGUUUAAGUAUCAACUCCGUCGUGCCUCUUUGACCGAAGAGGAUGCAUUUGCCUUUCUGAAGGCUGAUAGCAGUGAUGAUUAUAUUUCAUACUCCGAUUUCUGUGAAGCUUUGCGGCAGCUUAGUUUGAUCGGCAAUCGCAAUGGGCUGAGUAUUCAGGAGACUAAUGAUUUGUGGGUUCAAGCAGAUAUUGAUGGAAACGGUGUUGUUGAUUACAAAGAAUUCAAGCAAUGGAUAUGGAACCCGACAUGGUCAGAACAAAGAGACGACCAAUGGGACGACAGCGAAAAUGCCAUCGAGGAAGCCAUCGGGUUUAGCAUCCAGGACGCGGUUCUUUUCCCAAAGGAAGUAGAGAAAGGGAUGUGGCCUGAAGACUAUUCUCUCUCUGAUCAUGCCAAACUAACUGUUGUAUUUUCACCAGCUUGAUGCUGCCUGCGAGCUUUGGUUGUGAGCUUAUGACCACUCCUUCAAAUUCCCAAAUCAUCACCAGAGAUUGAGAGGGGUUCUCAUACUCCUUUGGGAGAUUGAACGGUGGAGAUUGUUGUGGCUUCCGAGCCAGCCAUCCUGCAUGAAAGCUUGUCAAGUGGGGGGACGUGUAUAUCAUUUGAAUCAGCGUCUACUGAAGAACGUUUAAAAUUGGUUAAUCGUGAAUUCAUUAUGAAUUAAUAAGCUAAGAUAAAGUUACUGUAAUAUAAGAUUUGGUAUACCUAACAUCUUUCUUCGGUGGUUAACAAGACCUUGGACGUAUUCAUUCCAAACACAUGAACAAAUGAAUUUGUUCGAUACUUGUAGUUGUUUUAUACUGAGUUAAUUCCAGAAAGGGUCAUUCGAUUAUUGAUUUUUA